CUAAGUCUUUACUUCUUCUUCUUUUUAUUAUUUUUUAUUUUUCACAAAGUAUUACUUAAGUGCUCACACUGUUUAUUUGCACUGAGUGUUGUUCCUGCUGCACACACAGUCACACGUACGCGCAGGGAAACGAGCCUAGCACGGUGAAAAAAUGCCACUGGCUAAAGACCUCCUCCACCCAGCUAUUGACCAUGAGAGAAGACAACACAAAAAGAAAAGACUUGUUCAGACACCUAACUCUUAUUUUAUGGAUGUGAAGUGCCCAGGCUGCUACAAGAUCACCACUGUGUUCAGCCAUGCACAGACAGUGGUCCUCUGUGUGGGAUGCUCAACUGUGUUGUGCCAGCCAAAAGGAGGAAAGGCCAGACUGACAGAGGGUUGUUCUUUCAGGAGGAAGCAGCAUUAAAAAGGAGCUGCAUACUUAAUCAUGUCUGUAAUUAAGCCAUGUUAUUGAUAAAUCCCCUAUUUUUCCAUUGAUUACAAUGUAGUUGUGCAUUCACUAAUGACAGGUUCUGUCACUGUACAGAUGUUCAACUUUUAUGAUGCAUUUCUAAACUAAACUAAAUUUUUAACACGCAAGAUACUAAAAAAUAAAUCUCUUAAGUCAAUAAAGAACGCUCUUAUACAA